AAUAACUAAUAAGUCAUAACACACUAAUGAUUAUUGAGUACCUAAUCUUAAUGACUUGUUACUUAAUAGUUAUUACUAUAUAUUAUAUUAUAUUAUAUUGUUUAAUAUUUAUCAAUUAUCGAAAGGUAAGUGAAUUGUGAAUAUUUUAAAGUUUAUUGUUAGUAACUACUAACUAGCAACUAAAUCAACUGCAGUGGAUUGUUCCGACCACUGAAUUAAAUUUAGUUCAGUCUUCAGUGGUUCCGACUCUUCUGAGUUCGAUUUCGAAUUUCGAUAGAUCAUUCUCAAUCGACGAUCACAAUAUUUUAUACAUUACUGUACAACAUGGAGGAACAUUGCAAAUCCCUAGCCUUGCAAUACGAUUUGUUCGUCAACAGCACACUCAAGUAUUUGGACACGGCGACCGAGAGAGAUUACAUGCUAAAAUUGAAAGUCAUCGAUCAAUUAACAUACCAAAUCAAUCAAAGCGAAUCUGAUAAAGAUAUUAUCAAGAAAAACCUAGAAGAAGUUCAGGAUGAAUGUUCUAAAUUGACUUAUAAACUUAAAACUUCUGCCCGUUUAUUAGAUGAAGUUCAAGUAGAAAGAGAAAAACUUGUAUUUGAAAAAGAAACCAUGAAAUCUCAGUUAGAACAAUUUUACAGUAUUUUUAAGAAACAAGAUAUUGUAGAAAAUUCACAUAACUCAUUCAUAAAUCAUUCUGAUUGUGUACAAUUGGAUGAAAAAAAGACUUUUAAUAACACUGGUGCUUUGUUAUCAGAUAUUAGUUAUAGUAAUUCUGAAGAUAGUUCAUAUGAUCAUUUAUUGAAAAAUCCAAAACAAAAUUCUGCACUCAUAGAAAAGCAUUCUACUGGCAACAUUUUCAAUCACCUGAAUACAAAAAAAUGUGCGAUCAAAAACGUGAAUACUACCAAUAAACAAAUUAUUGCUACAACUAUUGUAACUAUGGACUUGGGUAGUGUAAAUGCUAAAUCUGUUAUAAAAACAUAUCCAACACAAACUUCAAAAGUUGCAUUAAUAUCAUCAUCGAGUGAUUCUACAGAGCCAUUGUCCACCAGUGAUUCUGAAACAGAAAAUAAUAUAACUAAAAAAAAACAUAAUUUUAUUCAAAAAAUUAUUGUCAUUCCAGAAAUGUGUGGUCACUGUCAUAAAAAAAUAAAGUUUAACAGUUACAUGGUUAAAUGUUUGGAUUGUAAAAUUAUAACUCAUCUGGAAUGUAAAGAUUUUAUACCUACUAUAUGUGUAGUUGAUCAUCUAAAAAUCAAUGCUUUAAAUUGUGGUGUCCCACCUUUCAUCAUUCACUGCAUUAGUGAAAUCGAAAAAAGAGGAUUGGAUACAGUUGGAUUAUACAGGAUGUCUGGUUCUGAUAAAGAAGUGAAAAAUUUAAAAGACAAAUUUCGUAAAGGUUUACCGAAUUUAAACAAUAUAGACAUCCAUGUAUUAUGCAGUUAUCUAAAAGACUUAAUUCGUAUGCAAGAAAAUCUUAUAUCUCCAAGUGAUUUAUCAAAGUUGACUGAUGCAUUAAAUAAUAAAAAUGAUGUUUCAAAGUCACUUAGUCAAGUUGUAUCUGAAUUGCCCCAUACCAACCGUAACAUACUUGCAUUCCUCAUUCUUCAUUUGCAAAAGGUUGCUAUGUCAUCAAAAUGCAAUAUGGAUUAUAAAUGUCUAGCAAUUAUUUUUGGACCUACAAUUAUUGAUGUUCCAAGUACUUCCUUAGAUGAAUUACAUAUUAAAUCUGAAAUUGUUUUUGAAGUUGUAAGAGAACUGCUAAUGCUGCCUAAUGAUUUUUGGCUUAGUUCUUUGAAAGCUAAAAGCAUUGCUUCUGAUGAACCGUUAUAUAGUACUCCAAUCAAAAAUCAACCGCAAUCACCAGGAUCAUCUAAUCGUUUCUUUUCUUCUGGACUAAAAAGACGAAUAUUAGACUCUCCAAAAAAAAAAAAAAUUGCAAAACAAGUUGAAUUUUAAAUCAAGCAUUGAGUUAAGAAAAUAGUUCAAAUAUAUUAAUGUUUAAGUGUAAGAGAUUUUAAUUAAUUAAAAAAAAUAUUUUAUAAACUGGACUUAAACCCUAAACAGUUAAGUUUUAUAUAAUUUUUAUUUUUAUUUUACAAAUUGUUAUUUGUAUUCCUUUACCUAAGUGCCUAAUGAUUUUUUUUUUUGAAUUUGAUAAACUUGAACUGACACAUUUAUUAAAUUAAAUAUUAUCUAGUUUCUGUGCAAGUAUAUUGUGAAUAAUUAUUUUUAACAAAAAAAUUGUAUUCCAUUACCUAAGUAAUGAUUUUUUUUUAAAUUUAAUAAACAUGAACUGCUGUAUUUAUUAAAUUAAAUACUAUCUAGAUUUUGUGCAAGCAUUUUUUAAUUAAUUUUGUUUUAACAAUUAUAUAUGAUACCAGAGUUAUGCUAUCAAUUUGUUAAACUGUUAAAUAUAAAUAACUGUUUUAAUUGUUUUUACAUUGGUGUUCUUUUAUUUUUAUCUUAUAUGAAUAUUUGUGCUGGUUUGAAAUAGAUUUUUGAUUAGUUAUUUUCAAAUUGUGUAUGGUCGUAAACUAGUAAGCUGAAAAAACUUGAAUUUUUAGUAUUACUAUAAGGCAUUAAGUGUAUUUAAAAUAUUUAAAUUGGGGGGAGUAAGCUCAAUAAUGAUUCUAUUUGUGGUAUCAGUAUUCAGUAAAUAUAUUUAUGAUUUUAUUUAUUAUAGUCUGCA